AUGGACCCCGCCCUGCGCGCCCUGAAUCGCUGGACUGCAGCCAGAGGGCUGUUGCUCAGGACGGCGGCUGCGGGGACGGGGCUCCGGGACGACUUGAGGGGUGCCCGGGCUCGGAGUGGCCAAACUCAGAUGCCUAAGAAGCAGGAGCAGCCUCAGGAGAAGGAAGCAGCAGGUUCAGGACACGAAUUCCUCCUGCCUAAUGAGAGAAGCUUUCAGAAUGCUGCUAAAAGCAAUAAUUUGGACCUUAUGGAGAAGCUGUUUGAAAAAAAGGUCAACAUUAAUGCAGUGGACAUUAUGAACCGUACAGCUCUGCAUUUUGCAGUAGGGGGAAAUAAUCUCUCUGCCGUGGAUUUCUUGCUGAGCCACAAGGCCAGAGUGGAUGUUGCUGAUAAGCAUGGCUUGACUGUAAUUCACCUUGCAGCCUGGUCUGGAAGCUUUGAGAUCAUGCUCAUGCUGGUUAAAGCUGGAGCAGACCAGAGAGCCAAGAACCAGGACGGAAUGAACGCUCUUCACUUUGCAGCCCUGAACAAUAAUGUGAACAUUGUAGAAUACCUCAUCCAAGACCUGCACCUGAAGGACUUGAACCUGCCAGAUGAGAGAGGAAGAAAACCAUUUCUUCUGGCAGCUGAGAGGGGUCAUGUUGAAAUGAUAGAAAAACUUAUUUUCCUUAAUCUACAAACUUCAGAAAAGGACAAGGAGGGAAACACUGCCUUGCACCUGGCUGCAAUGCAUGGCCACAGUCCAGCUGUGCAGGUGCUGCUAACUCAGUGGCAAGAAGUAAAUGAGACCAAUGAGCUCCAUGUCAGCGUUUUACAGAUAGCAAUCCGGAAUGGCCACACAUCCCUUGUCAACUUUCUUCUUAGUGAGAACAUUGAUCUGCACCUGAGGAUGGAACCUCAGGAAUCCCCGCUUCACUUAGCAGUUAUCCACAACAACAUCACAGUUGUAAACAUCUUAUUACGUGCACAGCAUGCUACAGACAUCUUAGAUCAGAGGCAGCGGACCCCUCUGCACAUAGCUGCGGACCUCGGAAACGUGGAGGCGGUGGAGGCUCUGCUGCAGGCAGGCUGUCACCUGAAGCUCACCGACAAGCAAGGAAAGACUGCCCUGGCUGUGGCGUCCAGGAGCAAUCACAGCCUAGUGGUGGACAUGCUCAUUAAAGCCGAGAGGUACUAUGCCUGGAGAGAGGAGCAUGAGGAGAGCACUGGGGAGCCCUCAGCAGGUUUCACUCUGACAUUCAAGCAAGACCACAGCCCGGAGACGAGACACAUCCGCACACUUCUCUGGAACCUGGCUUAUCGGCAGCUGCAAGUUAAUGAGUGGCAGAGGUUGGCCCGCUUGUGGAGCUUUACAGAUGACCAGAUCAGAGCCAUUGAGGCCCAGUGGUCAGGAAACCAGAGCUUCCGUGAGCAUGGCCACAGGGCUCUGCUCAUCUGGCUGCACGGGGCUCUGAUGACACAGCCCCACCCUGCCAAACAUCUGUAUGAAGAGCUGGUGCGUGCAGGUUUUCCUGAACUAGCUGAAAAGAUUCGCCAAUUCAAAAGCUCAUCUGACUCCAGCUCCAAGAAAUGUGUAGUUUCUUAAAUGCCUACAGGAACUUCUUAGUACACUUAGCAUCCGGUUCUUUUAAAUUCAGUCCUGUCUGUGCCAUGAGUUUCAUUCGGCAGUGUUGAUUUUCCCCCCAGUGAUGAAGAUAGUACUGACAGGUUCCUGGAGCUGACGACAAAGAGGCUGGACUUUUUAGAUUUCCCAACCACUGGAAAGUCAUGUUUUCUUUUUGGUUUUUGUUCAAGGCAAGUUGCAUGUGAUGCUCAUUUCUGUCAAUGGGGCAGUCCAUGAACAAGAUAAUCUAGGAGGGCUUUGUCCAUGUUUAGAAACAAAGCAGCAUGCAUGGUGACAUGGGGAAAACCAAGUGCUGGAAGAGAUAGAUGUGGUUUUGAAAUUGGGGUUCCCACUUGGGACCUAUGAGGCCUGGGAAUCAAUAUUAUUUCAGUUCUCAGAUUGAAUUUCCAUCUGUAUAAAUGGGGGAAAUGUCUCUUCUAAGAGGUCAGAGUGAGGAUGAAGAAAGAACAUCCGUGAUGGCUGGAGCCCGUGGCCUGGAAAUCAAUUUUUAAUUCUCUUUGGUAACAGAAAUUCUGUUUGAAAAUAGUCACUGGUAACCUUGAAUCACAGAGAAGUAUGGUAUUACCUAGGAAAUUCUAGAAAUACACCAAUGUAUUUUUAAGCUCUUGGUUGAUUAAUUACAGGUGACUUUAAUUUUCUUGCUACUUUUUGGUAUGAUCGAAGUGUUUUCAUUAGGAGUAUUCAUUAUUGCAAUCUGAAAAGGUUACAAAAUGAAUGUGAAAUCAAUAUUAAUUCUCAUCAGUUUAUGUCUCCCUAUUUGCUAUAAUUUAAGUGGCCUCACCUGGUUUGCUUUGCUCAUGUAUAACACUUUUGUUAGGUUUAAUUCCACACACCUUAUGUGGUUUGAGCCUUAUAUAAGCUUUGUGCUAGCUGCAUUCCAGGCUGCUGGUCUUUGAGAGAGGAAUCCACCAACAGUCCUCCAG